UGACACUUAGACAGUCAUGGGUAAGCAGUUAGGGUGUCAGACUUGUAUCGCAAGGGUUGCAAAUUCGACUCCCGACCCGCCAGGUUGGUGGGGAGACUAAUUCACCAGCGCUCUCCCCCAUCGGCCUCCAUGACUGAGGUACCCUGAGCAUGGUAGUGUCCCACCGCACUGCUCCAUUGGGGCACCAUUGUGGGCUGCCCCCUGCACCCCUUGCGCCGGUGAGGCAUAAAUGCUAUUUCAUUGUGUGCAGUGAGCACUAUGUGCUGUGGAGUUUUGUGUCACAAUUACAAUGGGAGGUGGACUUUCACUUUUCACUUUUCACCUUCACUUACCAGUCACUGGGGAUCUGGCAGAGCCAUGGAAAUAAGAGGUGACGAGGCGGCUCUCCGCCAGCUGACUCACAAGCAGGAAGCCUUCGCUGAAGAGGACAGCAGAGGCUGGGUGGCCUUGCACGAGGCUGCAAGUCAGAAGAACUACACACUUCUAGAACUGACAUUGGCAGCUUCCCCUCAGGAUACAGUACAGAGGCGAUCAUGCGAUGGGAAGACGCCGCUCUUCCUGUCGGUGGACAAGGGCCUGGUUGAGAACGCCUCCUUUCUGAUUGACAAGGGCAGCAGUUUGAAUGUUCUGGACAGUGAUGGGAACAGCCCUCUUGUCAUAGCUGUGCGAAACAACAAUCUGGACAUGAUGAAUCUACUGCUGGGAAUGGGUGCCGAUGUGAAUCAAGAGGGAGCGAACUGCAGGACCGUCCUGCACGAGGCCGCCCGUCUGGGGCGACAGGAGCUUGUGGAGGAGCUGCUGAGAGCCGGAGCCCGGCCGGACCCCCGCAGUGCUUACUGCCUCACACCACUGGCCCUCGCCGCUCAAAUAGGACACGAGGGGAUUGUGCGAACUUUAUUAAAAAAAGGGGCUGAUGUUCAGUCUAAAGCACAAGACAACGCUACGAUUCUGUUUGAAGCUGCUGCGUCUGGCAACCCCAAGGUCAUCUCCCUGCUGCUGGAGCACGGGUCCGACCCCAAUGUGCCAAAACACAACGGGCAGCUACCCAUCCACAGGCUGGCACACCGUGGACAUAUGCAGGCGCUGACUAUCCUGCUCGAGGUGACGUCGGAUGAGGCGGUGGAUAAGAGUGGCAUGAGUCCCCUGCACUGUGCCACUGCUGGCGGGCACACAGAGUGUUUGGAGAUGCUGCUGUCGGCAGGAUACGACCCCAACUACAGGCUGGCCUCCUGGGUCAGCCGUCACUAUGACGACGAACGGAAGUCUGCGCUGUUCUUCGCCGUGACCAAUGAAGACUUGCGCUCGGUCAAGAUCCUUUUAGAGGCGGGCGCGCUGCCCAACCAAGACCCCAUCAAGUGCCUGCAGGUGGCCCUGCGGAGCGGUAAUUAUGAGUUGAUCAACGUGCUGCUCCGCCACGGGGCCAACGUGAAUUACUUCUCAACUGUAAAUCCUGCACAUUUCCCCUCGGCAUUGCAGCAUGCUCUCAAGGACGAUGUCCUCCUCCGAAUGCUGUUUAAUUACGGCUAUGACAUCAAACUGUGUUUUGACUGCCCCUACGGGCAGGGGUCCCACACACCGCUUGACUACGAGGGCUGGAGCAACACAGUCAUCAAGGAUGCCAUGUUUUGUGAAGUUAUUACAUUGAGCUGGAUAAAGCAUCUGUGUGGGCACGUGGUGCGCGUCAUGAUGGAUUAUGUUGACCACAUCGUCUUGUGCUCCAAACUCAAGGCUGCUCUGGUGGACCAGAAAGAGUGGCAGGAUAUCUGUCAGAUUCAAGAAAAUGCGCGGCCCCUGCAGCACCUCUGUCGGCUGAAGAUCAGGAAUUGUCUGGGCCGCCUGCGUCUCCGAGCUCCUGUCUUCAUGAGCUUCCUGCCUCUUCCAGACCGUCUGAAAGAAUAUAUCCUGUAUCGUGAAUACGACCUCUAUGGACACAGAAAACAACAUGCAACAACGUGAUGCGACGAGACAAGAGAAUCCUGAGAUUGACUAUAAUAGCCUAUUUAAAGGUGCACUGUGUAAGAUGGUGUCCAGAGUAGGUACUGCACCAAUGCUGCUCAUUGGAACUGUGCUUGGAUAUUUACAAAGCAAUACAAUAAUAUUCAUUUACUAGUAUGACCCAAGUACAGUACGUUUCGCAGCUAAUAAUGCCAAUUUCUGGAAAUUCAAAAUGGCGGACCUGGAAAAGCUCCACCUUUUCAUGUAUGAAAGUGCAAUUUUCCCAGGCAUAACGAAUACUUCGAAUUUCAUGGUGGUGUUAAGUAGUCAUGAAAAAAGUAACAUUUAUGAAUGGGUAGCAUGAAUUCUGGAAAUAAACUACUAAAGCUAUUACUCAAUGCACCUUUAAAGUCAUAGUUGUUUAUUUGCCAUUUGGGGGAAAACUAGUCUAUGUACAUUGAAACUCUUGAGCAGACCCUCUGAGUCAAUAAAUAAGUCAUAAAGCAAUAUAACAGACAGACAUUAUUAAGACAUUAUAAAAUGUAUGAUACAAGAAGAGAGAUUAAUAUGAGGUUGUUCAAAUCUUUUGUUUUGCUAUCAGACUGACAAGGAAGAAGCUAUUUUAAAAUCUUGUGUCUCAGGUUGUACUGUAUGUGCAGUUCUUAUGUCUUAAGAAGAGAGUUAGGUGGAUGGGGUGGGUAUUUAUUGACUCUUGCUGCUGUGCUGCAAUUGUCUCUGCAUUGUGUUAGCUUUUGAAAAGCUGUUUAAUGUACCUCAAUUAGGAACAAUGUGUGUACUUGUCCUUUGUAUUUGCUAUACGACUAGUAGUUAUAAAGAACAUGCAUAAUUGUCUAUCUAUACCAGUGGUUCUCAAACUUUACCAUGACAAGGCUCCGCAUAUACAGAACCACCUGUUAGUAUGGGCACCCCUUCAUUUUAUCUAGGUUACAAAAUGUGCAAUAUAUCCAGAAAUAAAUGGAAAUAUACACAACUUUUACCGACAAGAUCUUUUAAUUGGAGGUCCGAAGAUAUUUAUUUGUAAUAGGACAAUAUUUUUUUCCCAAAUGGAUUUCAUAAUUGCAAAGAAAAACAAGAAAAAUGGCAUGUGCAUAAAUAUUGGCACGCGUCCUUAAUAUUUGGUUACACAGCAAUGACGGCCUCAAUGACCGCAAUGAUGGCCACCAAACAACUCUGGUGGUAUUUUCCCCCACUCUUCCCUCGCAAUAUGUUCCUGAUCUUGAACAAGUACAUGAUUCCUUAUCCUAAUGACAGAUUUCACAUUCCCCCCAAGAUUUUCAACUGGAUUUACAUCUGGAAUCAUUGCUUGUCAUUUUAGCUUGUCUGUUUUUUUUUUUUCAUUUUACAACCAUUUCACUGUGCUGUUGAAUGUGUGCUUGAGUGCACAUGUUCUUCACCUCAAACCAAGUGUUCUUGCACAGGGUUUAACAUUUUUCUGUAAAUGAUGAUAACCGUGAUGCCUGUUAUGAUUGAUAUGGUCAAGGCCUCCAAUACCAGAUGCAACAAUGCAGUGACAUUAAUAUUAUGGAUUAAUCACCAUCACUGACUUGAAGGUCACCAUGCUUGAUUUUUGGUAGGGUCUUCUUUUCGACUUUUUUGCAGAGUAUGCAAACAUGCUGUUUGUGUGCAUUGCCGAAAAGCUCUACUAUUCCUUCAUCUGACCUUAGAACAUUCUUUAAAAAAACAGCCAAGGCCCCCAUGACACGGCCCGUGUCACACAAUUUUUUUUCUUCUGUGCACCCCCUUUCACAACUCGAUGGAGUUGCUGCAUCCCAAAACACAUCCAACGACAACAGGAACAUAAUAAACACAUUGCAAAGAAGAAAAUAUGUCGUAAUAGAUCUUACAUCAGAGAUGUAAUAGUUUAUUUUCAUGCAGUUCUUAAUGGGAAUAUUAGCCUAUUUUUGGUUUAUUUUUCUGUACUUAAAGUAUUUAUUUUAUGAAUUUAUUUAAUUUGUUUUGCUAUACUAGUGUGGUUAAGCUGCUGCGGACUCCCUAGAAAUCCCUUGCAAAUCCCUCUCCCUCAAAAGGAUAAUUGUAAUAAUGGAGAAAAAGCAUGGAAACAGUUCUUUAGAUACUAACAUCAGAAGUUUUCAAAUGAAUGACUCCAUUAGUACAGGAUAUGGAAAUGAUAAACCUGUGCUCCUGAGCUAAUAAAUGAAUGAAUUCAA